UGAGUGCCCUGGGGAGGGAGUGGCCCCACCCAGGCGGAACAGUCCCCAGCAGGAAACCUGGGCCGUUAAGAACCUAAAGAAUAUGAUCGCUUCGAGAUGGCAGAGGUGGAAGACACCCUGAAGCGACUGCAGCGUCAGAAGGGUAUGCAGGGGAUCAUCGUGGUGAACCCGGAAGGCAUUCCCAUCAAAAGCACCAUGGACAACCCCACCACCACACAGUACGCCAACCUCAUGCACAACUUCAUCUUGAAGGCAAGGAGCGCUGUGCCAGAAAUCGACCCCCAGAAUGACCUCACCUUCCUUCAAAUUCGUUCCAAGAAAAAUGAAAUUAUGGUUGCACCAGAUAAAGACUAUUUCCUGAUUGUGAUUCAGAAUCCAACUGAAUAAGCUACUCGGCUCCUUAUGUUAGUCCUUAACUUAAUCCCCUGCCCCCAAGUGUUAAUCAUGCCAAUCCACUACAAAUGGAACCAUACACUCGAACCAAUCCAAUGACCAAGGGAGAGCUGCUGCCUCACCCACCCCACCUGUGGAAGGAACCCUCUGCGGCACCUGUGAGGAGGUCCCCCUGCUGGGCCUUCUCCUUCCAGAGACCCCUCCCAUGGCACCUGGGGGUCGGAGCAAGAGCUGUGAGGAGCCCCCACCCUGCUUCCUCCUGACCUUUAGUUCACCUGUCUCCCCUGGAAAAGUUUGU